GGAGGAAAGCGAAGAUGGCGGAUCACGGGGAUCCGGUAAUAUAACGUGUUCGAAGUAGUAAGAAGGAAGCUUUUAGUAGAAAUUGAAGGUUUCGGAAUAUUCUUACGAGAGGACCCUGUCCCUCUGGGACAACGGUUUGUGCCAUGGCGUCAACUAACGUCCGAAUCGGCCAACAGGCCUUGGCCGUACUGGAUGUGGCACUCCGCGUUCCGUGCAUCUUUAUUAUCGACGCCAUUUUUAAUUCUUACCAUGAUCCUUGGACUGGAUGGGCCGGGACAGCUGGGAGGGUUUUAAUAAGAGUUUUUGGCAUCGUGGUGUCGAGCGUGGUGCUGGUGCUCUCCCAGAAGGCCCUCUUCAAGUUCUACACGCUCUUCCUGGCCGUGGCGCUGGGCGCGGUGGCCGUGCUCAUCAACUACUACGCCACCUCGCACAUCGACUUCUACAGCGCCUACUACAAGGCGGCGCUGGGCUUCCGCCUCCUGCCCCGCAACGGGCCCACGCUCUGGCUGGCCAUGGCCGUGGUGCAGCUGCUCUUCGGCCUGGGCUACGUGGUGCUGCUCAACAUCCAGUCCAUGUUUGCUGCGCUCGUCUUCCUGGACAUCAUGAUUCCGCUGUGGGGGCUGAUCAUCGAGCUGCCCGUGGACGUGCGGCAGCUGGUGGCGGUGGCGUCCGGCACGGCGCUGGCCCUCAACACAGCCGCGUGCCUGCUGCUCAAGCUCAAGUGGUUCUACUACUCGUGCCGCUACGUCUACCUGCUGCUGCGGCACAUGUACCGCAUCUACGGCGUGCAGCUGCUGCUGGAGGACACCUGGAAGCGCAUCCGCUUCCCCGACGUGCUGCGCGUCUUCUGGCUCACGCGCAUGAGCGCUCAGGCCGUCAUCCUCGUCUACGUGGUGAAGGUGGUGCGGCACGAGAGCGGCCAGCAGGCGGCGCUGUCCUGGGACGUGUGCUGGGACCUGUUCAGCAACCUGAUCAUCAGCGGCUGCGACUCCACGCUGACGGUGCUGGGCAUGAGCGCGGUCAUCUCCUCGGUAGCACACUACCUGGGCCUCAGCAUCCUGGCCUUCAUCGGCUCCACGGAGGAGGAGGACAAGCGGCUCGGCUUCGUGGCACCCGUACUCUUCUUCAUCCUGGCACUACAGACGGGCCUGAGUGGGCUGGACCCCGAGGAGCGUCUGGUGCGCCUGAGCCGCAACAUGUGCCUGCUGCUGACGGCCAUCCUGCACUUCAUCCACGGCAUGACGGACCCCGUGCUCAUGUCGCUCAGCGCCUCGCACGUGCUCAGUGUGCGGCGCCACCUGCCCGUGCUGCUGGUGUCGCUGGCCCUCUUCGUGCUGCCCGUGGCCCUCAGCUACGCCCUCUGGCACCACUACGCACUCAACACCUGGCUCUUCGCCGUCACCGCCUUCUGCGUCGAGCUCUGCCUCAAGGUGGUGGUGUCUCUGACGGUGUACGCGCUCUUCAUGAUUGACGGCUACCACAACGUGCUGUGGGAGCGGCUGGAUGACUACGUCUACUACGUGCGCUCCACGGGCAACGUCAUCGAGUUCGUCUUCGGUGUCAUCAUGUUCGGCAACGGCGCCUACACCAUGAUGUUUGAGUCGGGCAGCAAGAUCCGCGCCUGCAUGAUGUGCCUGCACGCCUACUUUAACAUCUACCUGCAGGCCAAGAACGGCUGGAAGACGUUCAUCAACCGGCGCACGGCGGUGAAGAAGAUCAACUCCCUGCCGGAGGUGAAGGGCGAGCAGCUGCGCGACAUCGAGGACGUGUGUGCCAUCUGCUACCAGGAGUUUGCCACCUCGGCGCGCAUCACGCCCUGCCACCACUACUUCCACGCGCUCUGCCUGCGCAAGUGGCUCUACAUCCAGGACACGUGCCCCAUGUGCCACCAGAAGGUGUACAUCGAGGAGGACGGGCGCGACAGAGCCGCCUUCUCCAACAAUAACGGCUACGCGGCCGCGCCCGGGGCGGAGGGCGACCCGGAUGAGGAGUUUGAGGACGGGGAGGGGAGGCCGGACGGGGCGGCCGGUGGCGCAGCGGGAGGUGUGGUGGGAGGAGGCGUAGGAGGAGCAGGAGGAGGAGGAGGAGGUGCGGCUGAGGCCGACAACGAGCUGCUGGAGGACAAUGACAGUAUAGAGUAUGACGAGGAGGAGUGGGGGACACUAAACGGUGACACACCCAUAGAGGAGGACUACAUUAAUGACGACACAGACUCCAACGGCGACUGAUGAUGUAAUAAUUACAGAGAGAAAAAAAUACAAAGAAAGUUUGGAGCUUUGAAAAGAAAAAAAUAUAUAUUUUAAAAAAUAUAUUAUUAUUUAAGUUAAACCAUCUUAAUUUUUGUCAACAUCAGGGAAGUCACUUCUUUGUCUCCUUUUUUUAGGUUUUGUUUUUCUUUUGAUUUGUGUGUUCGUUUCUCAAAGGGCUUGUGGAGGUUUAAAUGUUUAAAGGUGCGAGUGCCUAUGCCAGGAUUGGCCGUAGUGGAGGAGGCUUUGCAGGAGGGUCAGUGAGAGACGCACAUUCCUUUUCUACUUCUUCCUGCUCCUCCUCUUGGGGACAUUGUGGAGUGUGUGUGCGUGCGCGCAUGUGCGUGUGUGUGUGUGUGCGCUUGUGUGCGUGUGUGUGCGUGCGCUGCUUUGAGUCGGACAACUCAAAGGGAAGACGGGGGAGCAACAAGCAGAGAACAAGAGGUCUGAUUUAACGUGACAUGCUACUGUAAUCACUGAUAUACCUCUGUACCAUUUCUAUUGGUCUCUUGUGUGACCUUGCUUAAAAAUUUGUGUACGUUGUUGUACAUGUAAUUAAAAAAAAUGCUCCUUCCCUUAGAAAAGAGGAGGCUGUAUUACAGUGUUUUUUUAUUUUUUAAAGGCCACUGGACAUUAGAUGUUGGCAUAAACGGAGUAGCAAAACCCAUCACUACAUUUUUUUUUCUACUCAGGCCAUAUUUGACCAUUCUGAUCUGCAUUUCAACUGGACAGUUCCAUUCAUCGGACAGACUUUGAUGGCAACCACUGAUUUUGGCAUUUUCUUUUAUUUGCAAAUGCUCGUUUUUGCUUUGUUGUUCCCGGUUAUUUGACACAUUGUCUGGCAGGGGAGAGAACUGAGGAAGGAACGUGCUUUUAAAAAAAAUAAUUAAGGCUGCAGGCAAAGCAACUGGUAUUGGGGUGCUGAUUUAGGGUAUUCUAAUCAGGAAGUGAAAUAUUUUGAUUUAUUCUGUGGAAUAGUGAUUUUCACUUUCUGUUGAUGAAGGAAUUUUUUGAUUCAUCCUCUUUUUUUGUGCUUCUGAAAAGGUGCAAAUUUUAAUUUUGGCUUAAAGUUAAUGUAAAUAAAAAUAAUCUUUAAUAGUGA